AGGGCCCGAGCAGCCAGCAUUUGGGCGGUUCUAAGGCAGCUGCUGUGGCAGCACCGGCGUGACCGGCUUCUCAGACCACAGCCAUCUCGGGAGAACCGGCCAGCUGAGACUGGGGACAAGGUGGCAGGAACUAGAGCCUCAGGUCUGGCACACACCCCUGGCUACCUGUUCGCCUGCCUUGGAUUAGAGCUGCCUUCAUGAACAGGUUCAGGCUGGGUUGGCACAAGACUGUCCCCGGUCCCUCUCUAAGAGGCACUGGCUCCCUGUGCUCGAAGGUGAGGCAGAAAGGGAAAGACAGCUCUGCUGCCUGACACGCCACUGACAGACUUGGCCUUGACCUUGAUGUUGGCCUCCUGGGCUCCCCAGACAGGAGGAGGCUCUCAGUCAGGGGUGUGGAGGGCUGAGUUGCCACAUACCUGGGGCAGGUGUGGGAGCAGAGGGGACUCUCUUGGACACACCAGAGGAGCAGAUCCGAGCCAGCAAAGGAGGGAGGGGCUGGCUAGACCAGCCCUGGGAUGACUGAGCUCAUUCUGCGAGAGGACCCCUUGGGAAAAACUGAAGGGACACAGUAUCAUCUCUUCCUCCUCACACAAGAACGCCGUAUGAGCAAAGAAACUGGGCUGGUGGGAGAGGUGGGGGCCUCACACCACCUUGCCCAGUCGGUUCUCCCCUACAGCUGACCCUGGCCAGAAGCGUCCCCAACCCCCAGAGCCUGCUCUUGGGAGACGCUGAUGCUUCUUGCCACACAUUUGUUACAUAUUAAUAAAAGGCAAGAGCACCAGGCUGGAAUCCUGAAACCUUGUCUCUGGGGAACCUGGGGGCGGUACCCCAAGUCCUGAAUGACCCAGGGGCUACCAGGGGAGCUGUGCCAGUCCAAGGCACCCUGGAAAAACCUAAGGCUAGCGUCUGACACAAAGGAAUGUAAAAGUGAAGUCACCCCGCCUCGCAGUCAGAAACUCUGGCCAACUCUGGCCGCUGGCAGCCCCCUCCCGUGCCCAGCUCUGCCCAGCAGCCCCCACAACGGGGUCUCAGGCUCACUGUCAUCACCAGCAUCUCUCAUCCUGGGCAGUGCCAGCACAGAGCAGAGGGGCCCCACCAGCUCUCCUUCCUUGAGCCACCAGGGGUGUGAAGGGCACAGCCUGCCAGGAGCCCCGGCAGGAAACCAGCUCAGCAUGGCAGCCAACAACUUCGUGCAGGAGAUGCGCUCAGUGGGCGAGCGGCUGCUGCUCAAGCUGCAGAGGCUGCCCCAGGCCGAGCCUGUGGAGAUUGUGGCCUUCUCGGUCAUCCUCCUUUUCACAGGGAGGAACGUCCAUUUGUUGCUCGCUGGAGGCAUCGAGCCCAAAGACACACCAUCCCUUCGGUGUCUACUAGCUGCAGAGGUUCACAUGGACACACUGAUAACUAAACAGAGGGACAUCUGGAAUGAUGAGUUCUGGGAUAACCCCUGGGACCAGGGGAGCCUGGUAGUGAUCGGCUUAUUCAUCACCAUGUUCCUGUUUCUCUUCUUGUUUGCUACUAUGUUUGGUUUAUGCUUUCCGCUUGAGAAGAGCAACGAGUAUGAAGAGUCGUGACCUGCCUUUCUGGGGGCCAAGGAUGGGGCCACCUGUUAUCCACAGUCAAAACCCCCUGUACCUUUUCCUCAAAACCCUCUUAACAGUCCAGAGUUACACAUGUUCUUAUGUGAUUAUCUGAUAAGUGCCUGUCUUCCCCACUGGACCAAGUACCAUAAGAGCAGGGGUUGGUCCCUUUGUGCUCACCACUGUGUCCCCCACGACCAGUGCACCUGGCACAGAGUAUCAACCAAUAUUUGCUGGUUGAAUAAAUGAAUAAAUGAACGACUGAGCAAGCCAACAGAUACACAGAAAGCUGCUGGGCUAUUGGCUCCCCCAGCGCAGAGUCCAGGAGAUGACAUAGCCCAGUUCCACCUAGGCCUAAACACAGAACACAGAGCUGUUUUCCAUCUCAGACAAGGUGCCAAGGCCCCUGGGCCACAGGUUGCUUCCAACCCGAUGACCGUUCCUUUUGACACUAAAAAAUAAAGAUCCCUGUUAUGAAUAAUCGAAUGCUCUGCGUGGCCAGCGCUCAGAGAAAGUAGCUGCAGGUAGAGGAGAGAGGAAGCCUGCUGGCGUCCACCCUGGUCACAUUCACCUGACGCAAGUGUCUUUUCUGUUGGUCUAGAGCUCCCCAGGUACCCCUCACAGGGUCCCACAGCCACAUGUCCCCAGACCCUACAACGCCGCCUUUGUAGAAAUGUACCCACCUCUGCCAAAGCCACCACAUUGGCCUGUCCCUUGCUGCCAGGUCCCUCCCCCACCCUUCCUUAGCAAACAGCUGCUUCAACUUCAACUCAGGGCU